AUGACAGAUCAAACGAGGUUUACGGUACGAGUGGAUGAGGCCGAUGAGGCGCCGCCUCGGCAUAGCGGCGCCAGGGACUCGAAACUCGAAGAGAUUCGGCCCAUUCAGUCGCAAUCAACUGCCGCCACCUGCGCGGCCGACGACAAACCCGGUGUCGGUACGAAGACACACAACGCGCCUUUGCCCUUUACCGCCGCCGACCUGUCCGAAGCCCAGAAGUCCCUGCGCCAAGCAUUUCCCCACGUCUAUACGACCUCUCGAGCCGCGUCCAUUCGCUCAUCGUCCAGCUCACUACAGGCACUCAACGAAGAUACAGUGGUAGAUGCCCGCUCUCAUCUGGGCAAUCUUGGACGUGUCUCUCGGCGGUCAUCACGGCACUCGGAUCAUCAACCGGAAUACCCCGUCUACCCAGAUCAGUCUUAUGCGUCACUUCAAUCCCAAGUUCAUCCCACAUGGGGGCUGCCACCCCAUCUGCGCUCACAAAGUACACACUCGACCCCCGCUUCGGCGGAAGCAGUGCCACGGUUCCCUCGCGCCGCUCGCACGGCCGGCAACACUCCGGUCUCAAGCCCUGGGCUCUUCUCCAUGAGGAGCCCGCGCACAACGCCUCUCGGUUCUGAUGAGGAGGGUUCGGUGGGUAGUCCCUACCUGCACCCGUCACACUUGCAGCCACCUAAAGAGACCCAUACCGCCGAGGUAGACCGGGAUUCGAAGACUGGCAAUAAACUUAUCAACCAGUAUGAGAUCUUGGAGGAGCUCGGUCGUGGUGAACAUGGCAAGGUCAAACUAGGUCAGCAUGUGGCUACCAAGCAAAAGGUCGCAAUUAAGAUUGUGCAGCGAUACUCCAAACGCCGUCGCCUGGGGAAGCUCGGCAAUCCCGAAGACAAGGUUAAGAAAGAGGUGGCCAUCCUCAAGAAGGCACGACAUCCAAAUGUGGUCAGUCUGUUAGAGGUCAUUGAUGAUCCGAAUCGACAAAAAGUCUACAUCGUCUUGGAAUACGUGGAGAACGGGGAGAUCGUAUGGCGAAAGAAGGGCCUUCGUGAGAUUGUUCACGUGGACAAACUUCGACUCGAGCGAGAGAAAAACGGUGUCCCCGACACGCCAGCCUUCCUCGAGGAAAGCCAUCAGUUCAUUCGGACCGCGCAGCACCUCCGCCGUCAACGCGAGCGAGCGAGAGAAAGGAUUGAAGCGCAAGCCGCCGAUGCCCAGCAGGGGCCGAUUCCUGCAUGGAGUCUAGAACACGGUGCCGAGUCGUCCGAUGAGGAGGAGGACGACCUGUUUCUCACUAUGAAGAAGACCAGCUCCCGAUCCAAUCAGUCAAAUGCACUCUCUGACGAAAGCUCAUCAAAUCAUCUGUCCGCACAAGACGCCCUUGCUGCGGUUGAAGGAAGCAUGUACGGCGCCUAUAUGGACUACCCCUUUGAGCGGCGCUUUAGCACGGCAUCUAGCAGUUUUGGGUACCCUCCUUCGGAACCUGAGUGGUCAACUGACACCGAUGACCUUUCCUACGUCCCUUGUCUGACUAUCGGGGAGGCGCGUAACGCUUUCCGUGAUUCUGUCCUGGGGUUGGAGUAUCUUCAUUAUCAAGGGAUCAUUCAUCGAGAUAUCAAGCCUGCCAACCUUCUGGUCACCGCUAGUCACCGUGUGAAGAUUUCCGACUUCGGCGUCUCUUACUUGGGUCGCCCGAUGCGCGAUGAAGAGGAGGAACAGGUAGGGGAAACCGACGCCACCGAGCUGGAUGAUGCGCGGGAGCUGUCCAAAACUGUGGGAACCCCAGCAUUCUAUGCCCCAGAACUCUGCUAUACUGGCGAUGAUUUCGUCGACAAUAUCGGGGCUGUACCAAAGAUUACGGGCGCUAUCGACGUCUGGUCCCUGGGUGUCACCUUGUACGGAAUGAUCUUUGGCCGUCUGCCUUUUCUAUCCGACGAUGAGUACAGCAUGUUUCAGACUAUUGUCAAGAAAGAAGUUUUCGUUCCGAGAAAACGACUUGUGCCCGUCAAGGACGACACCUUUUCCAGUUCAAGUCAUCGGUACUACCGGCAAACCGAUGAGCUCACGUACGAAGACAUUGACGAUGAGUUGUACGACCUUCUCCACCGACUUUUGACCAAGGAUCCUGUCAAGCGAAUCACCCUCAAGGAGAUCAAACAUCAUCCGUGGACUUUGAAGGGACUCCCCAACCCGCAGGCCUGGGUGGAGGAGACCGAUCCUGGGUACCAGAGCAAGGGCAAGAAGAUCGAGGUCUCCAAUGAGGAAGUCACCAGUGCCGUCAGUAAGGUCCCUUUUAUUCAGCGUGUGCGAUCCAAUGUGGCGAAAUGGUUCUCUGGCCGGUCCAAGGACAAGGAAGGCCAUAAACACGGUUCAAACAAUUCCUCCGAUACCUUGUCAUCCAUCUCAAGCACAAGCACUUUUGGAAAGACAUCGCGAGAAAGCCGUCGCUCCAGUCUACGGGGUGAUGAGGAUAUCCACCGGUCAUUCAAACACAUCGCACACGGGGAACACCCUCUCGCUCAGAGUGUUACUGCCAGCCCUGUCGAAGACAACGCACCGUGGGCUUCCUACUUCGAUACUCUGCCUGGCGCAGCCAGCAAGCCUAGUACACCCACUACGACAGCACUGCCGACCAGGCCAGGUCCUCCCCGUCGGGCCAAGUCAUCCAUGUCUACCGCUGAAUCGACCAAGACUGUCAAACAGGGCACGAUAGAUUCCGUGCACUCCCAUUCGCGCACAAGCACGCAUUCGAUCAUCGAUGCUCUGGGCACUACCAAUUUUGGUAGUCUGUUCAGUGGUGCUAGUCGGCGCGUCUUCACAUCAAGCCGUAGUAGACGAGGCUCGCCUUCGAGUGACGCGGCCGCUGUGGCUGCCUUGGACACGGAAUGUCACGCAGAACCGACACUUGCCUUGAGCAAUGCGUCUGCGGUUGGUCAGGUGCGGACCUCGGGACUAUGGCAUACACCCUCUGAAUCCCCGAACGAGAGUUCCGCACCGGCUGGUCAUCGACGUAAUCAAUCUCAGCAACUCGCAGGGAAGACGUCUGCGGAGUCCUUUCACUUGACCCGCGACGCUUUGAUUCGCCGUCGAAGGAGUGAUGCUCAUGCUGGGUUGGACGAGGUCCAUCCUUUGGCUCAUCGUGUUGACUACGCAAUGUAUUCAACUGAGUCACUCGCACUUCCUCCCCACAUGACCCCCGCCCCUGCUGCUCAUGCGGCCCUUCCAGAAUCAGUAUCCUCUGCCGACGCGGCAAGCACCGUUCUUAAUAAGUCGACGCCGUCUGCAGGGACAAUCUCAUCCUCGUCGGCUGACGACUUCACCAGUGGCAUGUCCCAAAGUGCCUCUCAUCCGAGUAUUCCGUCUGUGGUAUCUGGUGCCUCUUCCCUAUCAGGCGACGGGCUAUAUACGGGCUCUCGAGAGAAGGAAGUGGAGGCCAAAAGCCCGAUUCCGUCCAUCUUGCGAACUGGUGAAACCGUCAAAGCUCGUCCGCUAGGGUCACCGCGCCCUGAAGAGGAUGAAUCGAGGUACUACUGCGAUGAUGAGAAUGAGACGGAUUCAGAUGACGAGGUUCUCAUCAUUGGCCGCAAGAAACCUCUUCCCAAGCCAGAAGCCAAGCCCACAGCUCACUCAUGA